UCUUUAGCAGCCUGUGGUCCUUGUUUACUGGUGGAACCUUGUGAGAUUUCCCACUUUCAAGUUAGCAUAUUGAGUGGUAUUUUCCUUGUUCAGUUUUUGUUUAGGCAAUCAUAUUGUUGAAAUAUCAUGGGUGAAGCUUCCCUUUGAUUUCUGGUUCCUACAAUCUUUACUCCUCCUCUUAAUGAUGCUCCCUGAGCCUUAGGAACAGGAGUUGUUUACUAUAUAUUGGGGCUUGACGCCCCACAAUCACUUGUUCUCUGAAUUUGAGUGUUUGUGGUUUUCUGCAAUGGUCUCUCUCUGUUGCAAAGAGAAGCUUUAUUUGGUGAGGGGUGAGAGCUACACUUAUUUGUCGUAAGUGGAAUUCACUUAGGAAUUGUACUGAUUUAGUCAAGUGGUAGUACUGCAUUCUCCUCUAGGAUGCAAGACCUCACUAGCCCCAGCUAAGUGCCUAGCUUUCAAGUACCUGGCAUGAUUUCCCUGCUGUUGAGUGGGCCUAAGUCUAAUUAGAGAGCUGUUGGUGGGGUUUCAGCAGCAGCGGUGGAACGUACGUGUUGGAGAGUUCCGAGGACGAAUUUUUAGACAAUAACAGAUUCUUGAACUGAGCCAUGAGUAUGGUUGGAAAUUGAAAGUGAACAGGAAGGGAAGUACACAUUUCUGUUUGCAGAAGUACAGUGGCUUCCACGAGAUGAGAUGUGGUCUGAAGGAUGGUGUGACUACAAGCGACUUCCAGGAAAUCAAGCGCAGGGACGGUAUGACUGCAAGCGACUUCCAGGACGACAAGCGCCUCAUUGGAGCCAUCCCAGUGAUGACAACCAUAGAUUAAUUAACGUUGUGCCAAAGAGAACGCCUCUGGGAGACAAGAGACCAUCUCUGCUAGCCAGACCCGAUGAAGGAGGCUACAGUAGAUACUAUUGUCACGUUGAUUACCAAAAAUGGGAUGAGGGCCGCUGUUUUUCUCAGAAUCCAAGAAGUGGCCCACCCUACAAAAGAGGCCCUUAUGGCUCCCGAUGGUCAAGAGAUGAGUAUGACACAAGCCGACAGCCUGAAUACAGGGCCAUAAGAAACGGCUUUAGAAGAAGACGUUUCUAUUCUUCCCAUUAUUCAAGACAACGAUCUCCCCAUGAACGGGGCGCUCCUUUUUUGAGAGAAUCACGUGUGGGCAGGAAGGACUCCCUACCCAGCAGAUUUGGCUCCAGUCUCAGCAGGAGAAGCAGGAUGCGCUCCUUCCAUCAGUCUCGGCUUAGAUGUAGAGAGAGAGCCAUCCAGUUUUUGAAAACAUCAAGAGAUACUGUGCCCUCAAGUUCUUCAUCCAAGGUGUUAAAAAGCCCGCGCCGGCUGACUGAGAAGGAACAGGCUGAUGCUGCAAGCAAGUGGGCUAAUGAAAAUCCCAAGAAGUCAGAAGAAAAUAACUUGGCUGAAAUUUCCGAGUUUGAGAUGGGAUCCAAGGCGCCAUUAUGUAUCAACCAGACAGAAGAACCCGAGUCAAACACAACACCUGGCCCGAAGGGAUCCAAGGCACCAUUAUGUAUCAACCAGACAGAAGAACCCGAGUCAAACACAACAGCUGGCCCGAAGGGAUCCAAGGCACCAUUAUGUAUCAACCAGACAGAAGAACCCGAGUCAAACACAACAGCUGGCCCAGAACUGUGUGAAGACAACCAGUUUAGCAGUCGUUCAAAAGCGAUUGCCUCAAAAAUCACAGAGAUUGAGAAGGUUUACCGACAAGUCUGUGAAACUUUCGGGAUGGUGGUGGAAAGGCUGGUUGAAAAGGAUCGUUCGUUAGAAAAACCUAUACAGUUUGCAAUGAAGCAGAGUUUGCAUGAAAUAGGUGAGCAACAUGUUGAAGAACUCAAGCAUUUCAUUAUGGAGUAUGAUAAUUCUACUCCAGAUUUUGGAGGCCCUUUUUAGAAGAAUUAGGGCUCAGUUCAAACAAAUUUUUAAAGCUUCUAGACUUUUCCCUUUGGAAUUUUUAAAUCCUUACUAUUUUGUGAUGAAGAGAAGUACUUUAUGAUAACUGACCACAUUGCUAGUAUCAAAUAAACAUCUACAAUAGCUUUUAAAGUC